ACAGGUGUCAUCCACGAUAAUGGUAUGGCCCACCUCUAAUGUGAGCUGCAGCUAGAUUCAUCAGUCCACCUGUAGCCUCAAUCAUCUGGACCAUAGGCUGUAUAUAACCAGGACCUGGACAUAACAGGGCAGUUUUUCCUCUCUGACUGAAGGACAGACAUCAGACCAGAACCGAGAUCAGAACCAAAGCUGAUCAGACAGGAUGGCUGAACCCCAGAAAGGAGAUCUGUCUGCAGAUGAGAGGAAGAUCCUACAAGUUAUUGCAGCUGGUGAUGUACAAGAGGCUGCCCAGCUGCUUGCAAGCAAAGAUGUUCGAGUCAACUGUUUGGAUGAGAAUGGCAUGACUCCUCUGAUGCAUGCGGCCUAUAAGGGUAAAGCAGAUAUGUGUCGUCUGCUGCUUCAGCACGGUGCUGAUGUCAACUGCAACAAGCAUGAAUAUGGAUACACUGCUCUCAUGUUUGCUGGCCUUUCAGGUAAAACUGACAUCACCUCCAUGAUGCUGGAUGCAGGAGCAGAGAUAGAUUUAGUGAACUCUGUUGGUCGCACCGCUGCUCAAAUGGCAGCUUUUGUAGGCCAGCAUGACUGUGUAACGGUCAUCAACAAUUUCUUCUCCCGGGCAAGGCUGGAGUACUAUACCAAACCUCAGGGGCUUGAGAGUGAGCCCAAGCUGCCUCCGAGGCUGGCAGGCCCCUUACACAAGAUCAUCAUGACCACUAACCUCAACCCGGUCAAGAUAGUCAUGCUGGUGAAGGAGAACCCGUUGCUGGUGGAUGCGGCAGCUCUUGAGAAGUGUUACCAGGUGAUGGAUCUGCUGUGUGAGCAGUGUGUGAAGCAGCAGGACAUGAAUGAGGUUCUGGCCAUGAAGAUGCACUACAUCAGCUGCAUCUUCCAGAAAUGCCUGUCCUUCCUACAGAAACGGGAUGAUCAGUUGGACGCACUGGUAAAGAGUCUGCUGAGGGGCCGUGAGAGCGAUGGCUUCCCACAGUACCAGGAAAAGUUCAUCCGAGACUGCAUCCAGAAGUUUCCUUACUGUGAGGCCACUCUGCUUCAGCAGCUGGUGAGGAGCAUUGCAUCGGUAGAGAUUGGCAAUGACCCAACGGCGAUUUCAGUUCUGACCCAGGCCCUGACAGGUCAGAUGGCAUUUGUAGACGCCGACUACUGUGUUACAUGUGGGGAGCGGGGAGCAGAAAAGAAGUGCUCCCUUUGUAAAUCAGUGACCUACUGCAACUUAAUGUGCCAAAAACUCCACUGGUUCACCCAUAAAAAAAUGUGCAGGGCUCUGCGGGAACAGGACGCCGACCAGGACGACACUCCCAGAUUAAAGGAGCUGAAAGAUGAUGAAAGCGACCUGGUGAUGGAAACAGCCAAUUUCCUACAGGAGCUUUGUAUGCGGGCGGAGGAGAAGGUGGCUGCUGCGGGGGGCUGUCCCGCGGAGCUGCUGAGUUGUCCACGCCCCUCUACUUCAUCUGAGGGGCAGCCCUUCACCCAGGACUGAGGGCAGAACCACCAGCCCCGAUCCCACUGACACCCAGGUACCACAGUCCCUACGUUUGGAGAGGUGUGGUAGAACAGAAAUGUGAUGUAACAGCGGUUUUGUACUGUAUGUUCCAAUUCAGGUAACAUAAAUAAUCAAUGAUGUUAAAGCUGAUGACAUUUUACAAACAGGGCAACACACAA